UUUCAAUACUGAUAAUAAAAUCAGAAUGUGUUGUGUGUCGAAGCCACAAGCGUCUACUACGCGUUAGUUUUUGUUGAUGUCGACAGUUGUUUCGAUGCACGUUUAUCUGCGAACGAAUAGCUUAAAGGAAGCAGUGUUAACAGUGAAAGGACUAAACAAUUUUUUCCAACUUUAUUUAUAAAUCGGGCAUAAAAAAUCAAGUAAACUAUUAAAAGUGUGAAAAUAACAAUGGAGGAGGAAAUAUGUAAUAAUGUAAUGACGUUGAAGGAUGAAAAAUACGAAAUAAUAAUGGAUGAUGAAAACUGUGAAGUAAUAGGGAAAGAUGAAGAAUGUGAACUAAUGGAGGAUGAAAAAUAUCAAGUAACAAUGGAGGAACAAGAAAUUAAAAAUAAACACCAAGAGAAAAUGGAAAUUCGCAAGUUGUCUUAUAAAGCUCCAGUUAAGAAAUAUGAUUACAAAUUAGAAUAUGAUUAUGAAUCACCUCAAGAUGAAAGACGUCGAAUCUUGUUAGAACGUCAGAAGAAGUCUAGAGAUGAUACAGUUAAUGCUGCGCGUGGUAUAUUAGAAGAAAAUUUCCUUUUUGAUUGUAAAAAAUCCAUGCGAAGGAGAUAUUCACGAGUGAUGUUAUCAGAAUGGAUGUUAGAUGUACCAGAAAAGUUGAUAGAUGAAUGGAUUAUGAUUCCAUGUCCAAUAGGAAGACGAAUAGUAUUAGUAGCGAGCCAAGGCAAAACAGUGGCAUAUGCUAAAAAAGGACAGCGUCUCAGUAUCUUUCAUUCAGCACUUCCAGGUGGAAACGCUAAAACUCACAGGUCAAAGUAUACCAUUAUAGAUUGUAUUUGGGUGAAAAGUCAGCAGACAUAUUACGUAAUAGAUGUGUUAGCAUGGGCCAGCGUUCCAACUAUGCUUUGCGAGGCCGAAUGUAGGCGAUUCUUCGUGAACUCUCAUCUACGUGAUAUAGAAGAGUUAAGGACAGAAAACGAAAUAAAUAAAUAUCGUAUAUUACCUCUACCACAAGUUAAUUGCGACGUAGAUCUAGGCUCGACUUUAGAACAAAUUGGCGAGCAAUAUUCUUUAGAUGGAUUACUGUUUUAUCAUCGUAACGGAUAUUAUAAGUUUGGCUUCUCACCACUGGCUGUAUGGUUAAAACCAUUUAUGUUAUCAGAAAUAUUUGGAAUAUUCGUGCCUUCACCGUAUGACGAGAAACCAGACGGUUACAUAGAUUACAAACAUUACAUUUGCCAAAUUACCCAGAAUCAGCGGAGGAAAGAGUAUAUCCAAAAUCACUUUGGAAUUUCUAUGGAAUGUACUUAAGAUAAUGAUGAAAUGGAUUUCUAUCUGUGAUUACACAUACACACACACACACACACACACACACACAUAUGUAUAUAUAUAGAGCAAUAUAUAAUGUAUAUUUUUAAUUAUUAUGCAUAUUAAACCUCUGUGAAAAUAAGGAUUAAAUGAGAAAGUUUACAAUAUAUUUUAUACAGUUUAACUUACACAUUCUGUAAAUAUACCUAGCCAAUAACAGAAAGAUGAUAUUUUAUAUAAUGCACAUUGAUAUACCACAAGUAUCUCUUGUUUAUACAUUUUCUUGCUUGUAUAAAAUAUAUUGUAAACUUUCUCAUUUAGUCCUUAUUUUCACAGAGGUUUAAUAUGCAUAAUAAUUAGAAAUAUACAUUAUUUUGAUGAUGUAUAUAAACAAUAUUGUAUUAA